UUACUCCAGGUAUAUUGAACAUGCAUUGACAUAUAACUAUACCUCUAAUAUUCGAAAGCAAGAUGUUAGCACCGUACUUGCUUCUGUCUACAAUUCUGGAAAAUUUGGAGUGGAUGUGAUGUUAGACUACCUAGUUAAUAAUUAUGAAAAAAUAUAUAAUUUUUACGAGGACUGGGAUGGUGUAGAAGAAUUAAUUUCUAAACUGGCAUCUCAUAUUUCAGUGAAAGAUCAAAUUACAAAGCUGAACGAGUUAAGUAUCAAAGUAGGCAACAUCACAAACAUAGUAGUAAGCAUCAAAGCUGCGAAUACAUCUGCUUCGAGCAACCUACAAUGGUAUCGAAAUCAUUCCAGUGUGAUUAAUGAUUGGUUGAGCGAAAUAAUUCCUGUUAUGCGAGAUGCAAAUCCAGCUCCUACAGUUGUUGCGAAUAACUUAAGUAUAAUUUCUAUGACAGUAUUUUCGUUAAUCGCUUACAUAAUGAGUCAAUAGAUAUUACAUACAUACGUGUAUAUUAAUAAAGGUAUAUAUCAUACGUUCUUCGAAUGCACAUUAAUAUAUAUGUAUAUUAAACAAUUUGUAAACUAUGUUUUAAAUAUAUUGUGAAAUUUAAACAAUUAGUAUUAACGGUACUAUUUUAAAAUAAAGUUAUGUACAUUAUUUUAUAAAU